UUAUUUUUGACAGUGAUUUGACGCCACGCUUUGUCCACGCACGCGCAGCCAGGCUGCAUGGACCGCGGCGGGAGUGAGUGGAUGCGCGCUGAAGUGUUUUGUGGAAAGGGCGGCUCUUCUACAGCAUCAGGAAGCAGCUCGAGACAAACUGGCGUGCACAGGUUGCCAUGGCAAUAGUGAUCCGUCGUGUUGAAAGAGAGACUGAAGGAUAGAUAGGAAUAAACCCCGCUCCAUGAGACAGGCCACUGGGGAGCUUGAGUUUUUACUUUACCUCCCUUUGGCCAAUCAGCGCGGUGUUGCUAGGCUGGCCUUUUCGCUGAUUGGUGGACGCAGAUGUCAGUCUGGGUAGAAGACGCGCAGGAUGAUUUCUGCUCAAUUACAUGAAACAGCCCAAAAGCCGUCGGCAGCAGUACAGAGGGAGCACUGCGGAGAGAGAGAGAGAGACUGCUCCAAAACACAGGCUGGCUUUCCUUUACAGCAAAGCAGACGGUGCCUUUUAGGGGUCAUUUCUACUUUCCAGAGGUGUGUGUCCCACCCCACGCACCACCACGGCCCUCACGUGUGUGUUGCGCUGUUUCCCGUGUGAGCCGUCUUGGGCCGGCAGCCCCUUUGUGCAACGUGCACCAAGCCCGCCUAUGCUCACCAUGACGCGCUCCAAAACCUUCCAGGCCUACCUUCCCACAUGUCACCGCACCUACAGCUGCAUCCACUGCCGUGCACACCUCGCCAACCACGACGAGCUCAUCUCUAAGUCCUUUCAAGGAAGUCAAGGCAGAGCCUAUCUUUUCAACUCUGUGGUGAAUGUAGGUUGUGGUCCAGCAGAAGAGCGAGUGCUCCUCACCGGCCUCCAUGCAGUAGCAGACAUCUACUGCGAGAACUGCAAAACUACACUGGGAUGGAAAUAUGAGCAUGCGUUUGAGAGCAGUCAGAAGUACAAGGAGGGUAAGUUUAUCAUCGAGCUGGCCCACAUGAUAAAGGACAAUGGCUGGGACUGAGGUCUGAGGGAGCUGUGAUGGUGUGUGGAUGUAAGCCAGUUGAAAUGCUGGCUGUGUGGGUAAACAAGUGACGCUGGUUUCAUGUCGCCUUCUCUCUUGUAUUCUAUUUAACAUUUCACCUACACACACAAACACUCCUAGUUCCAGGGUUGCAGGUGCAGAGUCAGGGGUUGUGCAUGAAGUCCAGAGGAGGGGCAGUCCCAGGAACAGUGUAUGUGCGUGUAUGCGCGUGUGUGUGUGUGUGUGUGUGUGUUCACAUGCCAGCUGAAUGAAUGAACAUGUGAAUAUGUGAACACAUCCAAUAACAGGUGUGUAGACAUGUACACUCACUUAGAUAUGUACACCAAACUAGUUACUUGCAUGUCCCACCCAUCCUAGCCCAAGACAACCCAAUGUGUUUGUGUGCAUCUGGGUUCCACACCAGACUUGGCAGGUCCAUGGGGUCAUAUAAGAGAGUGCUAAGGUGAUUAUCCCAAAUCCAGCUGAGUUUGGCCACUGCCAGCUUUGGCCAAUGAUGACAGGUCUCUGAAUGGGCCUCUGAUGGAGACAGCCAAUGAAAGAGGCCCAUAUGAGGGGUAAAACCAGUCAUAUUGGCAGGUAGAGCUUUCUAAUGAGACUCCUCUGUCUCACCAUUUAUAAGACACUAAUAUCUGAUCCAUUCUGAGUCGCUCUCCUUUGCCCUUACAUACGAAAGUGGAUGUAAACCAGUAUAUGUAACUGGAUACAUGGCGUUAUGUUUGAACCUAAAAUUCUGUAUUCAGCAUUAGCCGUGAGCUGCCUGUGCUAGUCCUGCUUUUGUUGUGUGAUUAUAUUUUUAGGAAGUACUGCUGGGCAUGAGAACAGGGUUUUCAGAGCUUUCUCGCAUGACAUGCAGAAGAUGAGGUGUGAUACUGGAAUACUGCCUCCUUCCAACAAGUAUUUUUUUCAACUGAAAAAAGAGAUUAAAGCCAGUUAACAGUGACACCUUGUUGGUGUCUCCAUGUCAACCAAAGAACUACAUCCAUCUAUAAUUAGUUACACAAACAGUGGCUAGGCUGUAGUAACAUGAGGGGCCCUGUCUUUGCCAGGCAAUUGCAAUGACCAACAUCAACUGCUGUAGUGUAGCACAAACACAUAAAAGCAUUUCCCAAAAUGUCAAACCAUUUUCAUUCAUUCAUCUGUCAAAAUGUAGCAUGUGGGUUUAGUCAAGUAAAUAUCAGUAUAAGAAUGUGGCGGGGGGUGUUAGCACUGUCACCUCACAGCAAGAAGCUUCUGGGUUCGAACCUGUCAGCUGACCGGAGCCUUUCUGUGUGGAGUUUGCAUGUUCUCCUCGUACCUGCACGGGUUUCCUUUCCUCCCACAGCCCAAAAACAUGUGAAUUGGGUCAACUGGCUACUCUAAAUUGCCCGUGAGUGUGAUACAGUAGUUGUUCAUUUUUGUGUUAAGACCCGGUCCCACAAGAACUAUAAUCAUAACUAUAAAUAAAUCAGUCCCCUGCAGUUUAUGUGGCUGGUGGUCACACCAGACUGAUAACGAUACCUAUAACCCAGGGCUGGGUUUAUCCAUAUCGGUGAGAUUGCUUCUGGAGCGAUUUAUCCAGACCUUUUUAUUUAUAAAACAUCUGACCAAUCAGGUAAUUGUUUACAUGAGACGUUGUCUGAGCACGUGCUGUUUCUCCCGAACAUCUUUGUACAUCCUUGUUGCAUCAAUGGAGGAGAAGCUGAUUAUAGACGUGUCGAAGAAUCCCAUGCUUUAUGACAAAAAGCACAAGCUGUAUAAAGAUCCAGCCAAAAAGGAAAAUGUAUGGAAGAUCAUCGGCAGUAGAGUGGGUAUGGCUGUAUCUCUUUAAACUUAAAGUACAUCUGUAAACUUUAUCUCCUUUUCUUCUUCUUGCCUUCUGUGCAAAACGAGCAUCAAAAGCAGCUCUUCUUCGCUGUCACUGUCAGCCAUUAUGUGCUGCUGAGUGCACUGGGUGUGCGCACAAACAGCAUACUGCCGCGGCAUUUUCCCACGAAAACCAACAGCCACGUAUAUUUAUUUCCCUGAGUGUCAGGACCAACCGAUAUUAUAGUGGGAAUUAUAGUUGUGGUGUGACUGCUCCAGACUGGAACUCAGUUCAGGCAGAGGUAUAGUCAGAGUUGGAGUUAUCGAUGUUGUGGGACCGGGCCCUUCAUCUUACGAUGGGUUGGGGAACUGUCAAGGGUUUACCCCGCCAUUCACCCCAAAUCAGCUGGGAUUGGCUCCAGUUUCCCCCAUGACCUUUAGAUAGCAGAUAAGAGGUAUAGAUCAUGGAUGGAUGGACGGAUGGAUGUGGCAGUUAAUGAAUAAUUUCUUGUCCAACUAUAUUAGUCAUAUGUCCAACAAACAGCACAAAGGCAUAUCACAAACAUGACAUCUUAGUUAUUUUAUUUUAUGUAGUUCUGAGGCCACAGAUUAAAGUAUUUUGAGUUCUCUAAACACUCACUCAGCACUCCUUAUAUACAUUUGGUAUGGGUGGAGCUCGGUAAGAUGUAACCUCCAGUUAAUUAUGCUGUUGAACUAUAUCAUAAAAUUCCAUACCGUAUCAUAUGUAUUCCUGUCACUGUUGUGCAUUUCCAGCAUGCAUGUUGUUCACUUCUAUUAAUCAUGAACUCACCAAAUUAUCCAGUGAUAAUUUACCAAUAUAAAGCUCCAGCACUUACAGGUUUGCGUGAUGCCACAUGCCAAAUGACCAGAUUCUGUUGUGAGAUCAUGAAAAUACCAAUAAUGCUGUAGUGCUGCAUGUGACAGUGUUUGUGUGCACAGAUGAAGAUCAGGGUUAAGGAGUUAAAAGUAGCUUAAGGCCAGCUUUUGUCUCUAAGGUGAAAUGCAUUCUUUCUUUUUGUACAUGACAGAUAUUAAUAUAUUUAAGCACUUAAAUGGAUAUUAAUGAGAGGCAUCAUUAUUUAGGUUGAUCUGUGUGUUUCAGACUGUAAAUAAACAUGUAUGAUUUGUUAUUUAUGAAUUUAAAUACCAUACUGUGCUUUGUGUCUGGAGCCCUAAUUGGGUGUGCAAUAUUUGCCACUUUAUUUUUAUUUUAUUUUUUACUCUUGAAACCGUUUCAAGCUUUGUGUCUUUUAUAAAAUCAUGACUAUAUAUUAACUACUGCUGGAGAUUGAUCUAAAUUAAAAUAAAAGAUAUGGUAAGUUGCCUUGCGUGUUGUGGUUUGUUUGUUUUUUUAGAUAUUCUAUGUAAUGCAACCAUAUUUUCACUUAGGGUUACGUACAUCAGGCCUCAGCUUAUAAGCCAUUCCACCGAAUCGG